AUGAGCGGCUCGUCUGCGAAAAUCUGCGCGGACUACUUGCCCAGCGCAUUGCGGGCCCGGGCCUCUGUCCUGCGUCGUGCCGCACCUGCUCCGCGGGAAGGAGGAGGAGUCCGUCGAGCAUGUUCUCGCGACACUCGUCGGGGCUUGCAUCAUGAUUCCCGGGCUGUGCAUCCACGGGUCCAGGGCCAGUAUGCGCGGAGAUUCGCGACGGCGGUUCAGGAGAAGGGCGAAACCUCUCCUGCUACCUCCCCGGGUGCAGCUGGGCUGCGCGGGGGUCCGUUGGCUGAGUAUGAUGUGAGAGUGCAGGAGGGUCGGUUGCGGGAUGAUCCUUAUCAGCGACAAAUCAUCGAGAAGCUCCAAGAUCUCUACGAACGCCUGACCUCCUACCACCCGCCUGCGGUGGUGCACCCGAGCCCGGAAUCCCUCGACCCCAAACCCAAGUCGUCCUCGUUCUUCGGCUCGCUCUUCGGGCGCAGCAACGACAGCGCGAAGUCGGAGCUGACGAUCGCCGAGUCCCUGCCCAAGGGCCUGUACAUGUACGGCGAUGUCGGGUGCGGCAAGACGAUGCUGAUGGACCUGUUCUUCGAGACCCUGCCGGACAACAUCCGGGCGAAGAACCGCAUCCACUUCCACAACUUCAUGCAGGACGUGCACAAGCGCAUGCACGUGGUGAAGAUGAAGUACGGCCAUGACUUCGACGGGCUCCCGAUCGUGGCGGCGGACAUUGCGGCGCGGUCGAGCGUGUUGUGCUUUGAUGAGUUCCAGUGUACCGAUGUGGCGGACGCGAUGAUUUUGCGAAGACUCCUCGAACACCUCAUGGCGCACGGCGUCGUGCUCGUCACCACCUCCAACCGCCACCCAGACGACCUCUACAAGAACGGCAUCCAGCGCGACUCCUUCAUCCCCUGCAUCAACCUCCUUAAGACCGCGCUGCAGGUGAUCAACCUCAACUCGCCGACGGACUACCGCAAGAUCCCGCGCCCACCGGCGGCCGUCUACCACCACCCGCUGGGCCCGGCGGCCGACGCCCACGCGCAGAAGUGGUUCGAGUACCUGGGCGAUUUCACGCACGACCCGCCGCACCCGACCACCCAGGAGGUCUGGGGCCGCAAGAUCGCCGUGCCGCAGGCCAGCGGCAAGGCGGCGCGCUUCUCCUUCCAGCAGCUGAUCGGGUCCGCCACCGGCGCGGCUGACUACCUGGAGCUGGUGCGCAACUACGAGGCGUUCAUCAUCACGGACGUGCCGGGCAUGAACCUGAACCAGCGGGAUCUGGCGCGACGGUUCAUCACGUUCAUCGAUGCGGUGUAUGAGAGUCGGGCCAAACUCGUCCUCACAACCGCCACUCCCCUCACCAACCUCUUCCUCUCCGAGUCCGACGUCCGUACCACCCUCUCCGACCAAUCCGGCGACGACCACUCCGACCUCUCCGACGCCAUGCGCAUGAUGAUGGACGACCUCGGGCUGUCCAUGCAGGCCCUCAAGACCACCUCGAUCUUCUCGGGUGACGAGGAGCGCUUCGCCUUUGCGCGCGCCCUGAGCCGUCUCACCGAGAUGGAGAGCAAGCAGUGGGUGGAGAGGGGGUUGGCUUCUCCGGCUGGGGACGCCAAGGAUGGUGGUGGUGAUGCUGCUGCUGAUGCCAAGGAGAAGGCGAAAGAGCGGGAGGCGUUUCUGAAGGGGAGGGGGCAUUGGGCGGAGGAUAAUAUGUAGAUAUUUUUGCCAUGGAGGUUUGAGGGUGAGUUCCUAGGGAGGUUGUGGUGCGGUGGUUGGAGGGAGAUGAGGUGUCGAGUUGGUCUACAUUCUUACAUUAGAUUUCUGGAGAUGGAUCACGCGGGUAUUUCGGGUAUCACGGAUGGUAGAACAUG